CCGCAUUGGUUUAAAAUCGCGAGGAACCUGAAAAAAGGUCGCCACUCUUCUGAGUUUGCGAUCUCAGAGUCCAAGAUGGACAAAGUCUGUGCAAUUUUUGGAGGUUCCCGGGGCAUUGGCAGGGCGGUGGCCCAGUUACUGGCCCGGAAAGGCUACCAACUGGCGAUUAUCGCCAGGAACAUGGACGUGGCCAAAGCCGCCGCCGGGGAGCUCGGCGGUAAUCAUUUGGCAUUCAGCUGUGAUGUUGCCAAAGAACAUGAUGUUCAAAAUACAUUUGAAGAGAUGGAAAAACAUUUAGGUCGAGUUAAUUUCUUGGUAAAUGCAGCUGGUAUUAACAGGGAUAGCCUUUUGGUAAGAACUAAAACUGAAGAUAUGAUAUCUCAGCUUCACACUAACCUCUUGGGUUCCAUGCUGACAUGUAAAGCGGCUGUGAAGACUAUGAUUCAGCAACAAGGAGGGUCUAUUGUUAAUGUAGGAAGUAUUGUUGGUUUAAAAGGCAACUCUGGCCAGUCUGUCUAUAGCGCCAGUAAAGGAGGAUUAGUUGGAUUUUCACGUGCUCUUGCUAAAGAGGUAGCAAGAAAGAAAAUUAGAGUGAAUGUGGUCGCACCAGGAUUUAUUCGCACAGAUAUGACUAAAGACUUGAAAGAAGAACAUUUAAAGAAAAACAUUCCUCUGGGGAGGUUUGGAGAACCUACUGAAGUGGCACAUGCAGUUGUGUUUCUUUUAGAAACGCCAUAUAUUACAGGGCAUGUUCUAGUAGUGGAUGGGGGAUUACAACUCGUAAUAUAAUUUACAGAUGGUUCAACACUAAGGCCUAGAAUCAAGAACACACUUGGGC